CACAGUUAACUCACGUCGCAUCACAGCACUAUCAGAAGGGCCAUGGUAACCAUUUCUUUGAAAGAAUCUGUUUAUCUCUCUUCACAUAUUUUUCAAAACGACGUUAUUACAAAGAAAUAUGAACCUUUGUCUUGAGUUCCCCUCGUUCUAUAUUUAUAAAAUAUAGAUGCGGUGAUCCAACACCCCUUUUCCUACUGAAACGUUUUACCCAUUUUUCUACCUCAAGCUUCUUGCCUGGAAUUGUGCUAGCUGGUUGUCAUGGUUACCGAAGAUCAAAGACAGGCUGAUAUCAGUGCUAGCUUUUUGCGAGCAGCCAGGGCAGGAAAUCUAGAAAAGGUUUUAGAGUUUUUGAAGGGAAGUAUUGACAUCAAUACCAGUAAUGCUAAUGGGUUAAAUGCAUUGCACCUUGCCUCUAAGGAAGGUCAUGUGAACAUUGUUAGUGAGCUGCUAAAGCGAGGAGCCAAUGUCAAUGCUGCUACAAAAAAAGGGAAUACAGCUCUACACAUAGCCUCCCUAGCAGGCCAGGAAGCAGUAGUAAAACUUCUGGUGCAGAGUGGGGCUAAUGUGAAUGUUCAGUCUCAGAAUGGCUUCACUCCCCUUUACAUGGCUGCCCAAGAAAACCAUCACAGUGUUGUUUGCUUCUUACUCACCAGUGGUGCAAAUCAGAGCCUUGCAACAGAGGAUGGUUUUACUCCACUUGCAGUAUCUCUUCAGCAAGGUCAUGACAAAGUUGUGACAGUACUACUUGAGAAUGAUGCCAAGGGAAGAGUUCGUCUUCCAGCCCUCCACAUUGCUGCUAAAAAAGAUGACUGCAAAGCAGCUGCAUUACUUCUUCAAAAUGAUCACAAUCCAGAUGUGACUUCAAAGAGUGGUUUCACACCACUUCAUAUUGCUGCUCAUUACGGUAAUGACAAUAUUGGACGUCUUCUACUUGAGAAAGGUGCCAAGGUUAAUUAUGUUGCCAAGCAUCAAAUAACUCCCCUCCAUGUAGCAUCAAAAUGGGGUAAAUCAAAUAUGGUGAUAUUACUUAUAGAAAAAGGGGCCCAAAUUGAUGCCCUCACCAAGGAUGGUCUAACACCGUUACAUUGUGCUGCUCGCAGUGGCCAUGAUCAUGUUGUAGAUUUAUUGCUUGAAAGAGGUGCUCCAGUUACAGCAAAAACAAAGAAUGGGCUUGCUCCUCUUCACAUGGCAUCUCAAGCUGAUAAUGUAGAUUGUGCUAGAACUUUGUUGUAUCAUAAGGCUCCAGUUGAUGAUGUCACAAUCGACUAUCUGACAGCUUUACAUGUGGCUGCUCACUGUGGCCAUGUCAAAGUGGCAAAAAUUCUUCUAGAUCGUAAAGCUGACCCUAAUGCUAGAGCCUUGAAUGGUUUCACUCCACUUCACAUUGCCUGUAAGAAGAACAGAAUCAAGAUUGUUGAACUGCUCUUGAAACAUGGAGGCUCCAUUGAAGCUAGAACAGAGUCUGGCCUUACACCUCUCCAUGUAUCUGCUUUUAUGGGAAAUAUGAACAUUGUUAUAUUUUUGAUCCAACAUGGAGCUGACCCAGAUAUCCCAACAGUCCGGGGAGAAACUCCAAUUCAUUUAGCUGCAAGAGCUAACCAGGCAGACAUUAUACGCAUUCUUUUACGAAAUGGAGCUCACGUAGAUGCCAAAGCUAGAGAACAUCAGACACCUUUGCACAUUGCUGCUCGACUUGGGAACGUUGACAUUGUGAGUCUGCUGAUUCAACAUGGUGCAGCAGUAGAUGCCACAACUAAAGACAUGUAUACAGCUCUUCACAUUGCUGCUAAAGAAGGACAGGAAGAGGUUGCCUCUCUUUUGUUAGAUAAUGGAGCAUCUCUUACAGCUACUACACAGAAAGGGUUCACUUCUCUUCAUCUGACUGCUAAGUAUGGAAAUAUCAAAGUGGCACGAAUUUUAAUCCAGAGAAAUGCCCCAGUUGAUGCCCAAGGAAAGAAUGGUGUAACUCCAUUACAUGUGGCAACACAUUAUGAUCAUGUCAAUGUAGCACUUUUGUUACUUGAAAAUGGAGCAUCUCCUCAUGCUGCUGCAAAGAAUGGCUACACCUCACUCCAUAUUGCUGCUAAGCACAGCCAGAUGGAUAUUGCUACAACGCUGUUGGAAUAUGGAGCCAAAGCCAAUGCAGAAACUAAGACUGGAUUUACACCACUUCACCUAGCUUCACAGGAAGGACACACAGAUAUGACAACACUAUUAACUGAGCACUAUGCUGACGUGAAUGCGAGAGCUAAGAAUGGCCUUACUCCUCUCCAUCUGUGUGCUCAAGAAGAUCUUGUGAAUAUUGCAGCAAUUUUAGUGAAAAAUGAUGCUACUGUUGAUUCAGAAACGAAUGCUGGAUACUCUCCAUUACAUAUAGCUUGUCACUUUGGUCAAGUCAACAUGGUUAGGUUCUUGCUUCAACAUCAUACUAAUGUGACCUCUGUUAAUUCGCAUGGGUACACACCUCUUCAUCAAGCAGCACAACAAGGACAUGCUUUAAUCAUCAAUCUUCUGCUGGAACAUAAAGCCUCUCCAAAUGUAUUGACUAAUGAAGGACAGACUGCAUUGGCUAUUGCCAAACGUCUUGGUUAUAUCUCAGUUGUGGAAACAUUGAAGGUGGUAACAGAAAAUUCUAUCAUCCCAAUCACAACUACAGUGGCAGAAGAGAAGUACAAAGUUGUAGCACCUGAGAUUAUGCAGGAGUCCUUCAUGAGUGACUCUGAGGAUGAAGGAGGUGAAGAUACAAUUCUGGGAGAUCAGUCUAUGCACUAUCUGACAGCAGAUGAAAUGAAAUCACUUGGGGAUGACUCACUGCCUAUCGAUGUAACUAAAGAUGAGAGAACCACUGAUUCAAUGCUUCUAAGCGCAGAUUCUGGAGCACCAUUAACAGUAGAGGAAGACCAUCUCUCCCCUAUGCAUGUUAGUUACAAUGUCGAGACUACAUAUAUGGAUAGCUAUGCUACAGAUAACAUUGAUAUGUCAAGAGGUCCUUUUCAUGCAAGCAAGCUGAAAUGGAAGAUGUUUCUUGUCAGCUUUAUGGUGGAUGCUCGUGGAGGGGCCAUGCGAGGAUGUCGACAAUCAGGUGUAAGAGUGAUAAUACCACCUCGGAAAGCCUCUAUGCCUAUGAGAAUCACAUGUCGUUACUUAAGAAAAGAAAAAUUAAUCCAUCCUCCACCAUUGAUGGAAGGAGAAGCUUGCGCUGCACGAAUUUUAGAGGUUGGACCAGUUGGGGCCAAGUUUUUAGGGCCUAUUAUUAUUGAAAUUCCACACUUUACAUCUCUUCGAGGAAAAGAACGAGAAAUAAUAAUUUUACGCAGUGAUAAUGGAGAAGUCUGGCAAGAGCAUACAACUGAGGCAACAGAAGAAGCAGUUCAAGAUACCUUGAAUGAAAGUUUUGAAGGAGAAGAAAUAAAUGCCUUAGAAGAUCUUAAUGCUGACUGCAUUACUCGAAUUGUGACUACAGACUUUCCACAGUAUUUUGCUAUUGUUAGUCGUGUAAGACAAGAAGUCUGUAAUAUUGGACCUGAGGGAGGAAUAGUCAGUUCUACAGUAGUUCCCCAGGUCCAGGCUAUCUUUCCAGAGGGAGCACUAACAAAGAAGAUUAAAGUAGGACUUCAGGCACACCCGGUUGUUCCAGAACUUGUAUCUAAAAUGUUGGGCAACCGUGUGGGAGUGAGCCCAAUUGUCACUGUAGAACCAAGAAGAAGAAAAUUUCACAAGCCCAUCACUCUGACUAUCCCAGUACCACAGACAGCAACUAAGGGCAUGAUCAAUCAAUAUAGUGGAAAUGCCCCAACUUUGAGACUAUUAUGCAGUAUAUCAGGUAGUAGUAAAUCAGGUGACCUGAACAUGUGGACCGAACAAGACCGGUGGAGUUGGUCGAUUGAAAAAGUCCAUAAUUGGCUAUCAUCUAUGUAUGAGUAUACAUUUGAUUUAGGAGGUUUUACCAAAGCUCAGUGGGAGGAUGUGACUGGAUCAACACCUCUGACUUUUGUUAAUGAUUGUGUUUCAUUUACAACCACUGUAUCAGCAAGGUUUUGGUUGAUGGACUGUAGACAUGUUAAUGAAGUUGGAAAUUAUGCAACUGAGCUGUAUAGAGAAGUAAUCUAUGUGCCCUUCAUGGUAAAAUUUGUGGUGUUUGCCAAGCGUUAUGAAACUAUGGAGGCAGAGCUUCGAGUCUUUUGCAUGACAGAUGACAAGAAAGAGAAAACACUUGAAACUCAAGAAAACUUUACAGAAAUAGCUAAAAGUCGUGAUGUUGAAGUUUUGGAAGGUAAACCUCAGUUUUUGGAACUUGCUGGAAACCUUGUACCAGUUACUAAGGCUGGGGAACAUCUUACUCUUAACUUCCAACCUUUCAGAGAAAACAGAUUACCAUUCAUUGUUCGUGUCAAAGAUCCUGAUCAGGAUCCAAUUGGUAGGAUAGCCUUUAUGAGAGAACCAAGGGUGGGCCGUGGUGAGCCUCCACAAACUCCCAUAUGUAACUUGAAUAUUGCAUUACCUGAUAUUUGUAAGAUUGAAAAGAAACCAGUAACAACAGAAGUGGUAGAGAAGAAAUAUGAUUUUAUGGAAAAAACAGGACCAACUAAACCUGAGCAUAUCCAACAUGCUGACCUUCAUCUGUCAGAUAUUGCACAAGGCUUAGAUCAUGAUUGGGUACAGUUAGCAGACCAACUUGAUGUUCCUAAAUCAGAUGUAAAUAACAUCAAGAAAGAGCACCCCAAUGACAUGACCCAACAAGCUUUGGUGAUGCUUCGAUUAUGGAUCCAUCGCUCAUAUCCCAAAGCAACAGGAAAUAGCUUGGAAAAGGCUCUGAGAGAGAUCAAUAGAGAGGAUAUUGUCAACAGGUGCAUGGUUAAUGUGAAGGUUGUUACUGAUGAUGUAGAGAAGGCAGUAGCUAAAGUACAUUUGGACCAGUCAGAAAUUGGUGAAAAAACAACAAAUGGUUUUAAUUGUGAACUAAUUUGGAGAGAAUUUGAUUCUUUCAAAGAUGAACUUGGCUCCUCUAGGGAUAUCUCACUGAGACAUGAUACUACUCAUGCUAUGUGUUAUGAUGAACAGGACAUAAUGAAAGAAGCAGAAUCAGCUGAGGAAAUAAGCAGCAAAUCUGGCUCUGCCCAUGAAAAUCAGCUGCCUGUAAUAGUAAAGAAGAAACAAGAAGAAGUUGACCAACAACAACAUGUACCUCGAAAACAAAUUGACAAACUUCUGAAGGAUGAAGUGAAUGUUGAACUGUCUGUAAAAUUGACACCUCAGAAGGUAAUGGAACAGGAGGAAAAGAAGAACAUUAUCAUGAAACACAGCAUUAAACAAGAUCCUCUAUCAAAAUUUCCAGAAAUACAGAAAAAAGGUAGAGGAUUAGAAAGACUAGGAAAAGAUGUUGAAGUUGAAGUGGAGAGAUUAUUUUUUGAAGAACUCGAAAAGCCUGUAAGUUGUCUUGAAGAAAUCAAACUUAUUGAUGAAAAACGUGUACCAUUGGAGAGAUCUGGGAAACAAGAUUUAAAAAUAGAUGAAAUAAGUCAAAAGUGGGAUAAACCAAAAAAACCUGAGGAAGACUUGGGAGAAGAAGAACUCUCACUUUUGAAAAUGCAAGAAAAUUUAAAAGAAAAAACAACGAAAGAAGACAAAUUCAUUCAUGAAUAUGAGAAUUUUGUUGAAAAAUUUGAACUAGAAGAAAAGUUGGAAAAACUGGAAAAAGAAGAACAAACACUUAAGGUAGAACCAAAAAUCAAACCCCAGAUUGAGCUAGAGACUCUUAUAAAGAAAACAAAACUGGUAGAAGAAAAUACAGAAAAUAAUAAAUUUCAGGAAUUAAAUAAAUCAAAUAAAAUUGCAUCAGAAAUUGAAUCUUAUAAAUCUGCUAUACAAAGCCAAGAAUUUGAAGAACAAAAGCCAAAAGAAUUACUUAAAACAGUAAUAACUGAAGUUGAAAAUGUAGAUGCACUUAAACUUGUUGUGGAAAGCUUCGAAGAAAAAAAUAAAAUGUUUGAGAAAUUAGAAGUAGAAGUUAAAUCUGUCAAUAAACCUGAGCAAUACAUACAAACAGAAACAGUAGGAGAAAAAAUGUUUGAAGAAACAUUAGAAACUAAAACCAAACCUGUGGAAAUUGGUAAAGAAACAACAGAACAAGAAAACAAGUUUAAAGAUUUAGUACAACCAAAAGACAUACUCACAGAAGUGAAAGAGAAAAAACUUGAAAAUAAAGAAUUAACAGAAAAAACAUUAACAUAUAUGUGUAAAUUCCCUGUAACAAAAGAAGAAAAUGAAGAAUGGAAAUUGAAAAAGGAGUUAGAAAAUUCAGGAACAAUAAAACAUGUAGUGAAACCUACACAUGAAAAAACAGAAGUGGAUGACCAGGUAUUUAUGGAAGUUGAAAGAGCAGAAAAAGAAAGAAGUGUUUAUGAAAUUGAAUCUGUUCUAGAAAACUUAAACAUGGAGUAUUCAAAAGAAAUCAAAGCUGUGAUUGAAUCUAAAGAUUUUAUAGACAUAAAUGUAAAAAAGCAGAAAUUUGAAGAUUUGGAAAGAUCAAAGAAAACCAUAAAUCUGGUGAAAUCUGAACCUCUUAUACAAAUGUCAGAAAUAAAAAAACAAAGCUUUGAAGAAAUCAUAAAACAAGAACUAGUGAAGAUUCCUGUUGAACAGAAAUCUCCUGUAGAAUCAUCAGAAUCACAAGAUCAAUUACUUGAAGAAUUAGAAAAUCCAGAAGUUAUCUGUGAGCAUGUAAUUGAACUAAAGGUGGAAGAGCGGACACAAAAAAGUUUUGAAAGGCCAGAAAUAAGGUCUAUAGUUGAACUAGUACCUGUUAUAGAACAACCAGAAGUAAAAAAGCAAAUACUUGUUGAAUCAAGAAGAACAACAGAUAAUGAUUUUAAAGUUGUGAUAAAAACUGAAGAUGCUGUAGAAAGGCCAGACGUAGAAGAUCAAAAACUUGAAGAAGUAGUUAUGCAAAUGUGUAAAGUGAAACCUGUAUCUGAACCAGUGUCUAUUCCAGAUAUCAGAACUUUUGACUCAAACAGUUUGAUUACAGAACAAGCUGAAGAGAAAACCUUUUCAUUGUUAGAUGGACCUGAGAAAGAUUUAAAACUCAUGCCAUCAGAUGGGCCCACAACAGAAGACCUGGAUGAAUUUCUUAUAGAAUUGAAAGCUGAGCCAGAGCAAUGGACUACAACAACCUCAAGACAGGUUGCUUCUCCAAGUUUUCCAGAAGAUGAACAAAAUGAACUAGCCAUCAUUUCUAUGACAACAACACCACAGAACAAACCUAACACAGACUUGCACACUGAAGAGAAAGAAGGGACAGAUACAGAUGAAUCAGGAGCUGUUCAACAUGUCAUUCAGAAACAAAAUAGUUAUGUUAUCAAAGAUGAAAAUCGAGAGCAUGACUCUUCUGUUCAGCAUCCAACUGUCACAAAAGGAGGAACAACUUUCCAUGUAGAUUUAUCUUUCCCUACUAAUCCUGUAUAUUCUUAUAAAAUAAAACAAUCUCCCUUCUCUCCUUCUUCCCCUAUCCCAACCACCUCCUGCCAUGUUGAGCAGGAAUUAUCGCCUGCUGCUGACUACCCUGUGUACCUUGUUCCAGAAAUGCGAGUAUUUGUUGGUAUUUCAUCUAAAAAAUCAUCUGAUAUGAACAAAUAUACAUUUGAAGAUAAAAAACAUGUUACAAGAAUGGAAGAAAACAUUUCUUCAGAAUCUGCAUACGAGUUUGAUCCCAAAAAUACAAAUAAGCAAUUUACCAAAAUAUGUUCUUCACCUUUCCAUAACAUAUACACUGAAGCCCAAAGAAUUGAUUACACUUGUGAAGAUAGUGUUUCAAAAAGAUGUGACACUGAUGUCUUCACUGGAAAUGAGGAAUAUGUUUCGUCAAAAGUGGCACAAGAAGAGUCUUUAAAUAUGCAUUUACCUGAAAGCUCAAAGGCCCCUGAAAAAGAUAUUUCAUAUCAGGAAACUCUUAAUGUAUAUGAAAACACAGCCUUUGCCGGGGUUGAUGUUAUUGAUAAAUCUGCAGUAGAAGAAGAAAACUUUGAAAGAGGUACUAGUUCCUAUGAAAUUUUAAGGGAAACUAAUAAAGAAUUACCAACACUCAACCCAGCUACAAAUGCUGUAGGAGCAAUGAAAGUUGACCAAGAAAUAUAUUCUCACUUUUUAGAACAGUCCCUUCAUUUACCAAUAAAUGAGGGCCUACUGUUUUCUAAAGUUACCCCAGAAACUACAACAUAUGUUGAACAUCACAUCAAGUCACAAAUAUUUAGUGAAGAACUUGACCAGUCAAUAGAAGAAAAUACUCCUGAAAAAAAAGAUAUCUUAGAAGGAAAAAACAUAAAACCAACAAAAGUAGAAAGAGUUGACAUAGUUACUAAGCAAAUUCGUUCUGCAAUCUUAGCUCAUGAGCUUUCUGAGGACACAGAAAAUGACUUACCAGAAGAAAAAGAUAUUCCCUAUGACCAAAGAAAAGAAAAAAAAUUAUCUCAUGAAUUAUAUGAUGACACAGAAAGUGACAUACCAGAAGAAAAAGCCUUUCCUUUUGACCAGGGAAAAGAUAAAAUCUCUGAAAGAUAUAAAGCUGAAGGUUAUGAAGAUAAAAUUGAGAGAGAAGAUAAAGUUGCUUUGAACGAAGCCAUUAAUAUUUUAAAACCUGAUUCUGAAACAUCAUUAAAUUACAAAGGAAAAACUGAAGAACUGGAAAAGGAAUUUGCUAAAGAAAUAAUUGGCUUUUCAAGAACAUCAGAUGAGGAACAAGAAACACAGUGUAGUUCUGUGGAAUAUGCCAUGUUGGAGACUCCAAUACAACAAAAUUCAGAACAGAUCUAUGAAAAAGUGAAAGAGCUCAGAGAAAAGCAAAUAAUAAUAGAACACAAUGAAAAAAAAACUUUAGAAGAAAGCAUAAGUGAGAAUGAACAAAUAUGGCAGGAUGAUAAAUUAAAAAAGAAAUUCAGUGAAGAUUAUGUUAGUGAAGGAAUUUCUCCUUCUAUAAAAGAAGAAGCAGUCGUAGCUGCUAAGCGCAUUAUUGAAGAUAUCAAAACAGAGGUGAAUCUCUGUCAGUCAUUAGAACAUUCUCUUUCUGAGAUCUCUGAUGAAGAUCUUACGGAAAAUCUAGAAGAAUAUAUUCCAAUUCAGCAAGUAGAAGGAAGAGAUAAAUCAGAAGAAAAAAAAGUCUCAUUUUCUGAGGAUAUGCCUGAAAUACUUCAAAAUACAAUUUCAGAAAAUGAGCAGUCCUAUAGAGAAAAUGAGGAAGAAACUGUUAAGAUAAAGGAAGAACUGAUAUUAGGCAGUAAAACAAAUGAUGAUGGUUAUAAUGAUAUUCAUUUUGCAGAAACAACUUGUCAUGAACAACAAAUAAGUGAACAUCAUAAAAAAUUAACAGCUAAUGCUAACAGUGAAACUAAAGAAGAAAGUGUGCAUAUUUCUGGAGAACAUAAGGACAAAUCAUUCCCAGUUUUAUCAACAGAUACUGCAAGCAUAAAAAUUAAUGAAAUUCUAAUACAGAAAGACAAUAUAGAAGAUCAUACAUCUUUAUCUGUGGUAAAUGAAGAAACAAAAGAUGAUCAAAUUCUAGUCUCAUACAAUGAGCAAGUAUGUUUUACUGAAUCAAAUUUUUCAGAAAAAGCUGUUAUUAAUAUGUGUAAAAAAAAAUAUUUACUCAAUGACAUGUGUGAAAGCAAGAGAAAUACAGAUUCCUAUGAUAUUGAUAUGACCUUUAGUGAUGAAACACAAGCAGCUGAAAAAGAAACUGAAACCACUGAAUGCCUUGGGGAUUUUCUUCCUGAAACUUUACAACAAAUUCACGAAACCUCUGAUAGUGCUGAAAAAGAAACAAUUAAGUUAUCAGGAUCAUCAGUGAUUACCACACAGAGUUUUGUCAAAGAUAUCCCGCAUCAAAAAGCAACAAUCAUUCAUAAGAUCUCAAAGGAUAUUCACAAAUAUUGUGAAGAAGUUAUUACAAGUGAUAAAAAACAAAAGUUUCAAUGUUCAGAUGAAAGUAGUGAUCUUCAGGAAGAUACAUUAACAAAAGGUCAAACAUGUUUUGAAAUUACUGUUAAAUCUGAUGAAGAAAAGACAAGCGAAUCUGAUAAAUCAGAGAAAUUAAGUUCUGGUUGUGGUGUACAAGUAGCUUCAUCUGAUCCUUCAAGUGCAUCAAGAAAAGAAAAGCAUCUGGACAAAAACUGUGAGACUUAUUCGAGCUCUGGUGAAACUGAAAGUCAUUAUUACACAUUUGACAUGUCUGAUAGUGGAAAGACAACUCAGAGUACACCAGCGACAAGUCGACCUUGUUCUUCAGAAUUUGAUGUAAAUAUUUAUGUUGUACCCAUAUCUUCAGAGUAUGAGACUUGUGCCACUUCACAAGAAGUUUCUGCCUCAUAUGCUACAGCUUAUACCUCACAAGAAACAUCUUUUGCCACUGCUCAUUCAUCUCGUAGUCAAAGCUCCCUUGAAUCUACUCACUCAGUAGAUUCUGAAAGUUCAGGACAUUUAGCCAGUGUGGAAAUGUCCUCGGAGGCAAGUGAAACUCUUGUUCCAUCAGCACAAGAGCUAGAACAAGAAUUUCAAAGAGGUACAGAAACACCAACUUUAGAAGAUGAAGAAAUGAUCAGUGCAUUCACUCCCAUGGAACCCUAUGACUCAGAAAUACCUGAGACAAUAAUUCGAAGAGGUGUGGAGACUCCUUUUCUAAAAGAAUGGAAGCAGUCAUGUGAUUCCUCAUAUUCUAAUAUGUUUGGUGACAAGUCACAAAUUUCUGAAAUGGAAGAAGUCCCAUCAAGUCCUUUUGAAAUCAUUACUGAAGAAGAGUUAGCAGAUUAUCCAGUAGAUUAUUUAGCACUUGUCUUGCAGACUGAUCAGUUUCACAAUAACAAAGAAGGAAUUACCUGCUCCACUCAAGCUGCAAAAAGCAAAUUUAAAGAACAUUUCCAAGAAGAAGAAGUAACAAAAACAAGGGAAACUAACUUAGAAAGUAGCGGCUCUGAGCUAUCUGCAACUUUUGUGAUGGAAAGUGAUACAAUUCAAAAUACUACAACUAAAUAUGAUGAGAAAACUUCAACCUUUAGUAGUAAUAUUACAGAUGAAUGUUAUUGCUCAGAAAAAAGUGCAUGGAAAGCUAAAAUAUGUAAACAUGAAUCAGAGGUUGCUGCAUCAGUGGAGAUCUUACUGCCCAUUUGAGUUGUGAGCAAGAAGCAGA